GGGUAAGGUGUUUAUGCGAAUGGUUUGACACGAGAGUAAACAUCGGAGAUGACGCGCAAGCGUUUUGGUACAGGAAAAUUAAUCUGCUCGGUCAGUAUCAGAGCCCCGCGUGUGCAGUAAAAGAGAGAGAGUUUUAAGAAAUCAAUAACAACCCCAACUCCAAUGCUAUUCUGUGUCUAUGUACUCUAUGUAUUGCUCACGAGUGUACAUAUAAUAGAGCAAAUUGUUAUAUUUACUGCACCGCAGAACGUCAACUAUCGACUUUGGAUUCUUCAUUAAUUGUUUUAUAAAACUUUGUAUACAAGUGUCUGUAAAUAUACUUCAAUUGUAUAUAUAUAUAUUAUAUUAUAUUAAUAAUAAUAAUAAGUAUUAACAGCAUUCAAUAACAACAACAAAGCUCAAUGUGUUUUAAAUAUAAAUGUUAAAUUUAACAUUUAAAAUAACACCAGUUAAUAAUAAAAGUCAAAUGUUUUUAACGGCAAAAAUACUGAUCGUGACGUCGAAAGCAUCCGGUGUAAACAAAAGAUGAAAUUAAUUUAUUGUUACACUGUUGUUGUUAAAAUAAUGAGGAGACAUAUAAAUUAUUGGAGUAACUCGAUAUCACACAAAAAUAUUGCCUGGGGUAAUUUAAAUUUUGUAAAGUAAAUAAUUUAGGUAAUUGAUAGCUAAUAAAUUAAAAUUUAAAAGUGUAAAAUAAAUUAUUUUGUCAAUAAAUUUGUUGUAUUGGUGAUUUUAUUAUUAAAUAUUUAUAAAUAUGGAUCAACAAGAAGACUGUGCGAUGAGAAGGCAACAGCCUGUUCGUCGUUUUCAAAAUGGGUAUAAAAAAGAUUGUUAUGUGUUGCCUCAAUUGCAACCUUCUAAAUUGGAACCAGUAAAUCAUCAACAUAUAGCGCAAAAAAAAAUUCGUAUUGCUGUCUAUUUAAUGUCAGGUGUAUUGCUGACGAUGGAAGUCGAGAGAAAUUUAUCAGCUCAACAUAUUUUAUCAAUAGUUCAAACCGAAGCUGAACUGGGGUUAUCACGAGUGCCCUCGGCGACAAAUAGCCAGCCGGUGUUCGCGAUGUGGAUGUGUUCCUCGGAAUUGGAGCUUCAGCUAAGACCGAAUCACCGACCUAUCGAGCUCGCUGCUAGGUGGAAUAAAUUAGUAGGUAAAUAUGGUUCGAGGAGAGGCCGCUCCGAGGAGGAGCCGCUUCUCUACGUCAGGAGAAACGUUUUUCUGUCCAAGAAGGACGAAGAGCAAAUAAAGGAACCCAAGGUUGUGGAGCUGCUGUAUGCAGAAGCGAGGCAUAAUGUUCUGGAAGGAAGGUAUCCAUGUGAAGGACAGGCGAGGUACGCAAGUCUGGGUGCUCUUCAGGCGAGGAUAGAGCUCGGACCUUACAAUGCUCAAACGCAUACAUUAGCGUACUUCAGGAAGCACCGGGCCAAGUUUUUACCACAUCAUUAUACGUCACCUAGUGUAUUGUUCGGACUGGGGUUCGGUCUGGGUCUGGUGGGUGGGAAAGGUGCGCCCGAGGCGCGGCUACUCGAACAGUAUAAGCGGAUACCCAACCACUCGGGUACUAACCCAAAUUCGCGUAAACUUGUGAGAAAGUACUUGGAGUUUUGUUGGGGUUUACCUAGUUACGGAGCUGCCUUUUUUCACGGUCAAAUUGAACGCCCGGUCCGUGGUCUCGCAUCCUGGAUCACUAACCGAGAUCAACCUGUUCUUAUUGCUAUCAAUACUACGGGAGUUUAUAUUGUUGAUGACUCUCAGUGUAGUUUAUUACUGGGUUUAAAAUACUCAGAAUUAAGUUGGGAAAUGGCUAAACCCUCGGAUGAAAAUAAUCCAGAUUGUCUGCCUUGUUUAUUUCUUCAAUUUCCUGUAAGGGAAAACGGUGCACGGGUUUAUAAAAUAUUACAAGUAUUUUCCCGACAAGCAAUAAUGAUGGAUACUCUGAUCUCAGUAUUCGCCGAAGACAGUCGUUUAACAGACGACAGUGUCGACUCUGCCAAUCAAAAUCGUACAGAAGGCUCUGUGAUAACAAACACCGGUAGUUUUACUAAUAAACUCAGUAAAUUUACACUUGCAACAUUUGACGAUCAAGGUCGUUGCAUUGGACAAAUGGGUUCGUGGUCUUUUCAAUGAUAUUACACCCUUAUUUCUCGUGCACACGUGUUCAUGACCAAAAUUAAGU